CUGAGCUGUGUUAGAAAAAUUCUGGCGGCCAUCUUUUGUUAAUGCAGUCGGCCGUUUGACAGAUUUGACAGACUAAUAUUUUUAUUCUCAGAAAGAAUGGAGAGCCAUGAUUCAGGUAAACUGCUGCUGCUCUCCACGACCACGACCGGUCCGGCGCCAACUUCGUCAAGAAGUACGAGUCCAGGUGGGGCUACACCCUCUUUGGUCGUUGCCUCGGAGCCGACACGCCAGAGACCAGCGCAGCCCAGAAGACCAAGUUUGGCUGGAUGAGGUACCCCCAAGCAGCGCAGGUGACCGAGGAGAGCCGUCUUCUGUACCUCCUGAUUAAGAUGCUGCAGCACCAUCCCACCUGCAGCAAAUUCCACUUGUCUCCCAGCAAGCUGACCUCAUCCAUCAAAGGCCAGUACAAGAGGGUGGCCGACAGAGUGAGGGACGACCCGGUCGUGGGCAGCCUCGCCAUCCCGCUGCCCAACAUAAACGUCAAGUCCAUCAGCAACUUUUUCAGGAGGGAGGAGAAGAUGGCCAACUUCAGGGCAACGGUCAGGCCAAGAGUGAAGACUCAUCGGAAUGUUCUGUCAGGCCAACCAAUGCCUGAUGCCCCUGCUCUGCCGUCGUCACUGCCACCACCAGAUAGACCUCAGGUGCAGUACCAGGAGCCUCACCAUGUCGCUGGCAAAAGGCGUGGGGAAAAGCGGAGGUUGGACUUUGAAGACCCACAGCCAGACUGUCAACCAGGGCCUUCAAACCGCUGUAUCCAGCCCAAGCCUGCCACUGCAUCCUACGUGCCAUCUGCCGUGGCAAAAGCACCUGUCCUCCUGUUGGACUUUGAAGACCCACAGCCAGACUGUCAACCAGGGCCUUCAAACCGCUGUAUCCAGCCCAAGCCUGCCACUGCAUCCUACGUGCCAUCUGCCGUGGCAAAAGCACCUGUCCUCCUGGUGCUGCCAACCCAACCACAGGCUCCAUCAGUGAGGUUGCUGCCAUCUGCCAACCCAGUCUUCCUCCCUGUCCUCCCACAGUGAA